AUGCCAUUUGUAGCACGGCAGCCCUUCUAUGGCUACGGAUCAGCUCCCGCCGGAUCUUACCAAGGCCAGCCGUCAAGUUAUCAGCCUCCGUAUCCUCCAGCAGGUGCUCCAGGACAACAAUAUCCGGGGCAACAACAAGCACCCGGGUACAUGUCUGGAUACAACGACCAGUCGACUCAGUAUGGUCAGCACUAUACACACCAGCCCGUCCCGCAAUCACCAUACUCGCAUCAAGCUUAUGGCGCUGCACCAUAUGGCUACAAUAUCCAGCCCACACCGGCCUCUCCAGGGUACGACCCGGCUCAAAAACUCAUGGUGCAGCGUAUAGACACAUCUGCCGAUGUAGAAGCUCUUCGAAAGGCCAUGAAAGGGAUGGGCUGUGAUGAGCGUGCCCUUGUCCGCGUCUUUGCCAAUCACAAGUACCAAAAUCCGUGGGCCUUUCAGCAGCUACGAAAUGACUACGAAAGUCGAUUUAUGCGCGACCUGGUGAAGGACGUCAAGGGUGAGACCCGGGGAGAUUUCGAAGAUGCAUUGGUCGCUUUGAUCAGAGGGCCUCUUGAUCAUGACGUCUACACCCUUGAUAAGGCAUUGGACAGAGCAGGCACCGACGAGGAGGCCCUGAUGGACGUUCUUCUCUGUCGUUCCAACGCAGACAUUCGAGCCAUCGCCGCAGAGUACCGACAUGUCAAGGGUAAAGACUUGCUUGCCGCCAUCAAAGACGACGUCGACGACACGCUCUUCCGUCUCUACAGCAUGGUCCUCUCCGCAACUCGCGCCGAGGACGCAGCUCCCGUCGUACCCGCAGAUAUCGACCAUAAAAUCACCGAGCUACAACGUGCCACCGAAGGCAUCAUCGGCACCAACGAUAUUGCCGUUGCACAAAUCUUCACGAGCGCUAAUGCCGCCCAGCUGCGAGCUAUGAGCAUCGCCUACCAGCACAAAUACCAUCGCAGCCUACAAGAUGUCAUCGAGAGAGAGUUCAGGGGCGACAUGGAAGACGCGCUACUGCGGAUGCUCACUUCUGCCACGGAAGAUGGUGGGAAGGCUGACGCAGACGCAUUACGGGCACCGCUGCUGAAGACUCUGCAGAAUAAGAAGAUUAUUACCUACCGAGUGCUGAGGUUGUAUUGGGGCGAUAGGGCAAGGCUUUACGCGGCGCAGGCGGCACAUCAGAAGUUUUACCACAAAACGUUGACCAAGGAGCUGAAAGAGUCAUUGAGCGGAGACUAUGAGAACCUGAUGGUUGCGUUGAUUGGGGAAAAGUAA